AUGACUCAAUUCUGCUUACUAUUUUAUAUUUUAAUAAUUAUUAUUAUAAACAAUUCAACUGCUGAUACUAGUCUUCGAACACAACUAGGAGUGAUUUAUGGUCGACAAACUCAAUAUUCAACUGAAUAUUUAGGAAUACAAUAUGCAAAAGUUAUUCGAUGGAAACCACCGAUUGAUCUUGCAUCAGAAAUAUUUCCCAAUGGUUCAUUUCAAGCAACAUCAUUUGGUCCAUGCUGUCCACAACCAAAAACAAGUGCAUACAUUCCAAAACAAGAUGAACAAUGUCUAUCUUUAAAUAUUUAUAAACCAAUAAUACCAUCAAAUCAUUCAUUAUUACCAGUACUUGUUUGGAUUCAUGGUGGUGGUCAUAAUCAUGGAUGUUCAUCGCAAAGUAUUCCAUUAAUAUAUAAUGGUACAAAUAUGAUUGCUCAUUCACCACAAGAUCAACCAGUUAUUAUUAUUACAAUUAAUUAUCGAUUAGGAGUAUUAGCAGAUAUGUAUUUAAAAGAAUUAAUUGAAGAAGAUUCAGAAUGGCCAACAGCAGGUAAUUAUAUGUAUUUAGAUAUGUUAUCUGCAUUGCGUUGGAUAAAGAAAAAUAUCGUGGAUUAUGGUGGUAAUGCAAGUCAUGUUUCAUUAUUCGGUCAAAGUGCUGGAGCACUUUCAGUUAUUGAUCUUGGUGCAGUAAAAGAUUCAGUUGAUCUUUAUCAAACGGCUAUAAGUCAAUCAGGUUUAGGUUCUCCUGGAACUUAUUCAUCUUAUUAUAAUAUGAAUAAUGCUCUUAAUUAUUCGAAUUCUAUUGUUCAACGAUUACAUUGUACUAAUGAUGAUAAACAAAAAACUCUUUCAUGUUUACGUAAUACUUCAUUUAAAGAUCUAUUGAAAGCCUAUGAUAAUCGAUAUACAAAACCAAUAAUUGACAAUUAUUUUUUUCCAUUAUAUCCUCCAUUAGCAAUUCAAAAUGGUACAUAUAAUAAUGUCAGUCUUAUUAUGGGUAAUAAUGAUUAUGAACAACCAAUUUGUCAUCAACAUCCUUUUAUGAAUUUUAAAGAAGCUAUUGCAUUAUUAUCUCAAUCUAUAGAACAAAAAUGGUUACAAAUAAUUGUAGAUUAUUAUCAUUUAAAUAAUUGUUCAUCAGAACGAAAUGCUAAUAUAACUCGUUGUUGUAAUAUUGUUCGUUUAAUAUUAAUGGAUAAAAUUUAUGAUUGUGAUAUUCGUCGAAUAUUCAAUGCUUUUUAUCGAACAUAUGAUCGACAAGAUGAAAAAAAGAAAUUAUUUUCUUAUCAUUUAAAUUGUUAUCCACGAUGUCCUUCAGUUACAGACGAAGGUAUUUGUAGACAUUCAUCAGAACUUCCAUUUGUAUUCGGAACGGUCAGUGAUGCUGAUUCACAUAGAGAAAUUCAUUGUAAAUGGAACAAUCAAUCAAGAAUAUUUUCUAAUGGAAUUAUUUCACAUUGGAUUAAUAUAGCUACGACCGGAAUACCAUUAAAUCAAUGGCCGAUAUAUGAUCCAUCUAUGCCACAAUAUUUUUAUUUCACACCUGAUCAUAACUUCUCACCUGUAACAUGGAAUAGAAAUUGCUCGCUUUUUGAUGAAAUGGAAACAAAAGGUGUUUUAGAAACUUUUGGAAAUAAUGCUUAA